ACUACGGGGACCGGGAUUUCCCAGCGUUGCGCGACAACGCGAGGGUUUUGGUUUUUUCUUUGUUUUCACCUUCACAAUUCGGUUUGAUCUCGUAUCCAGUGGUUUUGUUGAAUACUUAGUUUUUUAUCCUUUCGUAUAAGCGAACGUACAAAAAUGAGUUCAAGUGAGUACCAUAACUCUGAAAAUGAAGGGGCUGGUCCCUCAAAGAAAAAAAAUUAAAUAUAAUCAAGUAUUUAAGAAUAGCUGGACCGAAGAGGAGCAAUUUAAAAAGUGGAUCAAACAGGGAAAAGAUGAAUACUUUGCUAUGUGCCGCGUGUGCAAUAAAGAUAUUUCUAUUAAAAGUACUGGCAGAUUAGCACUAGUUCGGCAUCAGGAUAGUGCGAUGCACAUUAAACUAUGCAGAUCUCAGAAAAAGCAGGGAACGUUAACAGAUAUGGUGGUUUUUAAGGGAGGCCCAAAUCAGGAAACCGGCUAUCCAAGAUUUAUACAAAUCUAUAAGUACUGUGUAUAAUUCUUUUUUAGAAUGUUUUAUAAAAAGGGAAGUACUCAUACAGUCCCCACUUUAUCAAAUUGAUUUCAAAGAUUUUUUAUGUACUCGUAUCUGAUGAGUAUAUCCUAA